UGAUGGGAUGAAAAUUAGGUGAAAUCGACAAGUUGUCACCUAUUUCACUUUCCAGCGGGCAUCAAAUUUGUAAACGGACAAGACAAACAGUUCAGCUAUCCCGUAACGGCCUUCUGAUCAAAUAUUAAUUACUACUCACAAAUACGCUUUGUGAAGAGGGUAGAAGAUAAUUUAGUGAAACAAAAUCGAUAAAUGUUUGACGAAUCAUUGUACAUCAAGGCUCUAUUACAUCGUGUUUAGCCCUUGCCCUACGGAGUGUAUGAUCGGCUAUCCUCCGCCUGUCCUACACAAUGGUCUGGAGAACUUUGCUUUGGCUGAUGAUCGUGUUAACUGAAGAGCGAUACUCGUGCUAAACAUGCUUAUGGAUUUUGCAGUUUUGUGCUAGCUGUACAAGAAACAGAGGAUCUGUUUAGCCACAACGAGCCACAAAGAAACGAUACCAAUCUCAAUAGCCCGAAAAUAUAGCCAAAGGGAAAUCUUGUGAUAAAAGCAACAUUAUCCACAGCCAUACAGCCAUUUUCAAGAUUAGCCCACUCCAGUUGAGAUAAAUUGAUAAAUUGUUUUAAUACCAGUAUUAUUGGUGAACAAAUUAAAGGGAAAAUGUCGUUAGACUUCCGCAAGGAAAGUGGUUCGGAUUUCAUAACAGUGCUGCGGAACUUUAAACGCGUAAAAGCUACUAAACUCGAUGACGGGCCGUUGGAAAACAAUUCAAAUACGGAAAUAGUAGAUCAAAAUUGUGCUCUAUGUGAAAAUCACCCUUUUAUUUCUCUUGUAAAUGGGUACUGGAUUGAAUGCACAAAUGCAGAUUGUCCAAGAAUGCUUGACAUGGCGAAUUUAUCGCGCAAAAUGCUCUAUGAAUUUUGUGAUUUGGGGACGAGUGGAAAUAUAUGCACACAGAUACCGCGUGAGGAAAUUUACGGAAGUUACUUUUAUGGUUCAAAACACUGGAAUUAUUAUAGCAGAGAGAUCGACAUUGGACCUCUUAUUUUGACAGUUAAACAAGAAUUCCGGCAGACCGCGGACUAUUUGAGGAUAAUGGUUCGUUCGUCUGGCAAUAUAAUUCAUGGCAUGCUACCUGCAGCUACUAUCUGCAGAGGGACACUCAGCAGUCAUAGUGAAGUUUUACGAUUCAUAUCACAGGAGAUAGGACUCACUUCUCCUCUCAGACUGAUAACUAUCCCAUCAGCACCUGCAGCUCUACUCCGAAUAGACAAGAUCUCGCUCAAAGACGAAUACAAAAUUGGACUCCUGUACGUCAAGGAGGGCCAAGAAACGGAAGAAGCGAUGUUUGAAAAUCAAGAGCACAGUCCAGCUUUUGACGCUUUCUUGGAAUCCCUUGGUGACCGCGUCAGGAUGCGUGGGUUCAGCAAGUAUCGCGGGGGCUUGGACAAUGCUAACGACCUCACCGGUCUACAUUCUGUUCACACCACAUACAGGAACAAGCAAGUGAUGUUCCACGUCUCCACACUGCUACCUUAUGACAAGAAUGAUAGUCAAAAGCUUCAGCGCAAGCGACACAUUGGAAAUGACAUCGUGUGUGUCGUCUUCUUGGAGGCGAAGGCUACCAAAUUCAAUCCUGCCUGUAUCAAGUCCAGCUUCCUACACACGUUUGUGGUCGUUCAAGUCGAUGUAUCAAGCAACCCUUAUGAAUAUAACGUGUCAGUCGUUUCAAGGCGUCGAGUCCCCUUGUAUGAGCCUCGACUUGUCGAACGACAUCGUUUCGAGAAGGGACCAGAGUUUAGAGAUUGGAUUCUUAACAAAGUAAUCAAUGGAGAGACUUCUUGUCAUAAAGCUCCGGACUUCGCCAAACUUCACCAACGGACGCGUCUGCAGCUGAUGGAGGAGCUGAUCAAAUCCGUUGAGCAAAACGACGAGAAGUCACAGGAGAGAAGAGAACCUCAGCCCUUCAGAGAUAGCGGUAGAAGAUAUCAGUCUGCAAGGCCUGCAAGUCCGUACCAAGAUAAAAGGCAGCAGCUAAAUGAUUCAAUGGAGGACAUAGCGAAGUAUUUCACAUCACUUGGACAAGAAAAUACAGAAGGGGAUGUUUUAUUUCUCGUUGGACGGAAUGAGAAAAAGCGUUUUGUCGCUGUUCAAUCUGUCAUGGCGUCUCGUAGCAGUGUGUUUCGGAAACUUUUCCUGGAAGACGACCCUGCGAGAGCACGGUCAGUGGAGACCUCCCCAGCCGUCGCCCGCAAGACCUCAUGGUCGUCCAUGUCGAGUGGUGCCUCCCUUUUCCCCGGAACGUCAAAGACUCGCAAAUUCGUGCUGAACAGGGUGAAGCGGAGCCAAAGCGCCAGCGAGGCGGACAGGAACCAAGUGGUGUUGUCAGCGGUAACAGAGCUUGAGAAAGCACACGAAGUGGGUGGUGUGUUUGAUAUACGGGAAGCCCCAUCUAUGAAGCAGUACGUUAUUAAAGACUACGACCCCGAUGUCUUUGAGGCGCUGCUUACGUAUCUCCACACUGACUCGAUCCAGCUCACCCCCUCAGUAUUACCCGGCCUGCUUUGCGCCGCCAACCAGUAUGACGUCAUGGGACUACGUCAGCUUUGUAUCGACAGUGUUGACGAAUGUCUUGACCCCAGCACGAUCAUAACCGUUCUAAAGUCGAUGGAAGCGUGCUCGGGGCGAUUCUGCGAGCAGAUUAUCAGAGAAAGGUUGGAAGAAUUCCUGAAAGAAGGUCACAUCACGGAGCUUGACAUAAAAGCGUUGAGCUGUCUAUCGCCGGCGAAUGUUAGACUUGUAUUAUCUCACGCCAAACAGGUUAACGAAACGACCAAGUUUGAGGCUGUUGUUGAGUGGGCAAAAGCAAGCAGUCUACGAACAGAUUGCAGGGUCAGCAUAGAGGAAUUAGCCAAGCCCUUAUUAUCAGAGUUUGUUAAUAUUCAAGAUAUAUCUGCCCAAGACUUACAGCAGGUGGUUGAGCCGAGUGGCCUAGUCCCGGUAAACAAACUAAGCGAAGUCCUAGCAUCAAAGCAUUUGUCGACGUGAACUUGACCAUCGUUGAAUUCCAAGGAGCUAAGGAAGAUUGCGUUUAGUGACGUGCGGUGAUCUCUAUACCUCUCUCUCCUGUUUGUGAGAGAUGUACAAACAUGGCAGGAAAGAAUAAGUUUGAUUUUACCCCUAAAAUGUUUUAUUCGGAAUCACUCAUAUAUAAAUGCAAUAUAUAUUAAAGAAAUAGACAAUUUUAUUUAAGCAUAGCUCUAUCCCUUAGAUAUUUGGAUAAUUUUUAUGGUACAGUAUUGCUUGAUAGAGAUAUGAUAUAGUAAAAAGUAUAUUUGGAUACCAAGUAAUUGUUUUAAAAACUAUUUUAAGGCAUUGUAUACGUGCCUUCAAGAGAAAUGUACAAAUAGAGGUACAAGAUAUUGUAAACCUUUUCUUGGUAACUCCGACAAAAAUCAAAUCAAUCUGAGUAGGUAUUAUUCAAAAUAAAUCUUACAGAUAUCACAACCUAGUCCCUAUGGUUUUUUGGGUAAUAUUGAACAUAGCGUCAAAAAAUACCCAGAAGGCCUUGGGACGCUGAGAUUUAUUGUCAUUUUAGUUUAUUAUCUCGGAAGAUGCGGCUCGAACAGGGUAACCUGAUGCUACACGUCGCAGUGUGCGACCACGCUUUUGCGUGCGUGCGUCCUCUAAUAACCAGCUACUCUCGAGGGAGAGCAAGGAAUAUGAACUUGACCAAAAACUGAGGACGGGGGUGAGCAAAGAGGAGCAAGGAAUAUGGACUUGGCCAAAAACGGAGGUGGACAAAGAAGAGCAAGGAAUAUGGAAGAAACUGGUAAACAGAGGAAAAAAAAACAAUCUGAAGACAUGGCCGAGAAUCGAACCUCUUCCAGAUCCGA